ACAUCUGUCUCCAUCGUAUUUGUGCCACCUCACCACCCAUUGAGACAAAGAUUCGUUCAUCCUUUCCUCCACUGUGUGGAAGAGAGAGAUCAGAUAAAAGUAAUCAGUUGAGUUGAUCAUUUGAAGAAGAUGCCGUACGCGACGCCGGGAAGCUCCGAUUACUUGGAAUUAUAUCCAGAAAGAAAAAUAUCUUAUUUCAAGAAUCCCUACAUUCUCGGAGUUACUGCUGCUGCUGGCAUUGGUGGUCUCCUCUUCGGUUACGAUACUGGUGUUAUUUCUGGUGCUCUUCUAUAUAUUAAAGAUGAUUUUGAUGAUGUUCGUAAUAGUAGCUUCCUUCAGGUACAAUCUUUUCCGCAUUAUUCAGAUUGUUUUGCCUACUUUCAAUUCCAGAUUGUUUUACAUCUUUAUGGUUGCUUGCAGGAAACUAUUGUAAGCAUGGCAUUGGUUGGUGCAAUUAUUGGAGCAGCAACAGGUGGCUGGAUUAAUGAUGCUUUUGGACGUAAGAAGGCAACACUUAGUGCUGAUGUUGUCUUUACUCUUGGAUCAGUUGUUAUGGCUUCCGCGCCAGAUGCAUAUGUUCUCAUACUUGGCCGUCUUCUUGUUGGCAUUGGUGUGGGUGUAGCCUCUGUCACGGCUCCUGUAUAUAUUGCAGAAUCCUCACCAUCAGAAAUAAGGGGUUCGUUGGUUAGCACAAAUGUGCUUAUGAUAACUGGUGGACAGUUUCUUUCUUACCUCGUAAAUCUUGCCUUUACCGAGGUUCCUGGGACAUGGAGAUGGAUGCUGGGAGUUGCUGGUUUGCCAGCUGUUAUUCAGUUUUGUGUCAUGCUUUUCCUGCCUGAGUCUCCAAGGUGGCUUUUCCUGAAGAAUAGGAAAGAUGAAGCUAUUUCCGUGCUUUCCAAUAUCUACAAUUAUGAACGCCUAGAAGAUGAAGUCAAUUACCUCACAGCUGUUUCUGAGCAAGAAAUGCAGAAACGAAAGAACAUUAGAUACAUGGAUGUUUUCCGAUCAACGGAAAUCAGAAAUGCUUUUUUUGUUGGGGCUGGACUUCAGGCUUUUCAGCAGUUCACGGGUAUCAGCAUAGUCAUGUACUACAGCCCCACAAUCAUUCAAAUGGCUGGGUUUAAUUCCAAUCAGUUAGCUCUUCUUCUAUCUCUCAUCGUUGCUGGCAUGAACGCUGCUGGAACAGUUCUUGGCAUUUAUCUAAUUGACCAUGCAGGGCGAAGGAAGUUGGCCCUCUCAAGCUUGUCUGGUGCAACUGUAGCGCUGGCAAUCCUUUCUGCAGGAUCUUACCUUCAAUCAUCUGACCCCACAAAUAGAACCUAUGGGUGGCUAGCAAUUAUUGGGUUAGCCCUUUAUAUUAUUUUUUUCGCUCCAGGAAUGGGACCGGUGCCAUGGACUGUGAACUCAGAAAUCUACCCUGAAGAGUUCCGAGGUGUAUGUGGGGGCAUGUCAGCUACUGUAAACUGGAUUUGCAGUGUGAUAAUGUCUGAGAGCUUUCUUUCAAUUUCUGAUUCCGUUGGCCUUGGUGGUAGUUUUGUGAUUCUUGGUGUUAUAUGCGUGGUUGCUUUUUUCUUUGUGCUCUUGUUUGUGCCAGAGACGAAAGGAUUGACAUUUGAAGAAGUGGCCCUCAUAUGGAAGAAGAGAGCACGGGGUAAAGAUUAUGACUCACAGAACCUUCUUGAGAGAGGAAGCCAGUUCUAAGUGUUUCAUUUGUGAACUGCGGUGUUAUUGGACGCGAGCUAGGAAACUAUUCAGACAUUUGAGUUGUUAGCUGCCAUAUUAUGGGAUGGUGGUUGUAGCUUUUGUGAUCAUGAUUUGUAUUGUUACAAAGACAUUAUUGGUAAUUUGGUAUGAUUGAUAUGUGGGAUCUUGAUCUUCCAUAGCUUUUUGGGAGAAUUAUAAUUUAGGAAAUUUUGCAAACUUAUCUUCGAUAUAAGAAUUAACCGAAAUAAUGGUUCAUGGUUGGUUAACUACCAACUCCAUUAACCAUGUAUCCCGAUUUUGGUUGAUAACCUUUUCAAUUAAAGAGAUGUUUGCUACUUCCGAAGUUAGGAAUCUGCCAAGAGUAGUUAAUUUAGUAAGAGAUAGAAUGUGUUCUUGGCAAAUAGGAAAAUUAAGUAGACUUGUGUGCGAUUGACUACUUUUGUGAUAUAUGUAUGGUAUUUGAUGCUUGUUGUA